UACGUUCGUCGUCGAGUAGAAAUUAACACCAAUCACAACAAUCACCUCCACAACAUCAUCAUCAUCAUCAUCAUCAUCAUCAUCAUCAUCAACAACGAUAACAACAACUACAACAACAACACCAACACCAAGCACGACUGCAAUGACAAAUAGCAACAGUAGUAAAACAACAACGACGACGACGGACGAUAGAGCGGUAGUUGCGAGCAACAGGCACUCCGAAAUUGACGAGCAAUUGCUCCUCAAGGAGUGGGACUUUACUCGCUUCUUUCAAGGGUGUAACGAAAGGUUGGAUAAAAUGAAACAGGAGGCGAGCAGCAGUGGGAAAUCUGCUAGUGAUGAGAGGUCAUCAUCCUCAAGUGACAGGACAUUGAAGCGGUACGACGCCGUGGGAAGACGAAAAGAUCAACCUCAAGCUCAACCUCACCAGCCUCAGGUUCACCAUCAUAAACAGAACAGUCAUAAAUCGUCUCAACCUUCACAGUCAUCGCAACUGAAAGCGGUUCACCGGCGUCAAGAGUCCGACUCAAAGUUGGGAAACACGAGUGCAUUUGCCCGGGCAUUCAGACGGGAGAACUCGGAUUUUUUCCCAUCAACGAGGCACUCGGCCUACCUGCAAAAGUCUGAACCGCGGUCUAGUAUGUUCUCCAGCGGGAACAGACGUGGCAGCGAGAUAAGUGUCGCCGGGAUAUUGGGAAAAAAGUCCAGCGGAUUGGCACCCGGUGAGCCGGUACUGACAGAAUUCUCCUAUGGACGAGAACCGACUACGCCGGCCGCUGGCAGUGGACUACUUCAGCGGCCAAGACGCGAGAAGACAGAGAGUGAAAUUGUUUUCGGUAGCAGUAGCAGUAGACAGCAAGACUUUUUGCGAGAACGUCACGAGGCUAGACUGUUACGCGCUGCUGCUGCUACUGCUGCGGAAGACUUGUCCUCAAGAAGACGGAGUUUUAGACCCUCGGAUAGUCCAACCUCAAACUCGCUGAAUGCUACUAACUCGACAAUGUCUUCCGAUGAUGGAGGGACUAUUAAAUCUACGGCUAGUACAACUGCUAGCGAGUACAGCCCGGUUAUCAGUCAGAAUCGUGAUGGUGAUCGUGCGAGAAGUAGCGGCGGCGGUGAUUUCCAGAGGUCAGACUCAUCACCAGGCUCACGACCAAGCUCUGUUCUCCCAGACCUUUUGACCUCGUCACCGGGUCAGCGACAGGACAAAUCAACCAGCGAAGAGCAUUAUUCAUCGUUCGUGUAUCACCAUUUACACAUACAUUCACAUCUACCGAAACAGCGUUCAUUCCUGACAUUUGGUUUUGGUGCCGGUCCUGCACGAAGAGAAUCACAUGUUAACGUCAAUGUUACACCAACAAGUCACGAUUUGUCCUCAGAUACACCUGAAAUACGAAAAUACAAAAAACGUUUCAAUAGUGAAAUACUUUGCGCUGCAUUAUGGGGCGUGAAUCUGCUAAUUGGAACGGAGAACGGGUUAAUGUUGCUAGACAGAAGCGGACAAGGGAAAGUCUAUCAGUUAAUAAGCAGAAGACGAUUUCAGCAGAUGGAAGUACUCGAAGGACAAAAUAUUCUAGUGACUAUUAGCGGAAAAAAAAAUCGUGUCAGGGUUUACUACCUUUCCUGGCUCAAGAGUAAAAUACUGCGGACUGAUGGCCACAGUGACCAAGUAGAACGACGUAAUGGAUGGAUAAAUGUAGGCGAUCUCCAGGGUGCUGUGCACUUCAAAAUAGUCAAGUACGAGAGAAUAAAAUUUCUCGUCAUCGCUCUUAAAGACUCGAUAGAGAUUUACGCUUGGGCACCGAAACCCUAUCACAAAUUCAUGGCCUUUAAAUCAUUCGGUGAGCUAGCUCACCGUCCACUACUCGUCGAUCUCACUGUCGAAGAGGGUUCCAGAUUAAAAGUUAUCUACGGCAGUGCCGACGGUUUUCAUGCGGUCGAUUUGGACUCCGCAACUGUUUACGAUAUUUAUCUUCCAAAACACACUCAGGGACCCAUUUGUCCACACUGUAUUGUCGCAUUACCACACAGUAAUGGUAUGCAAUUAUUGUUGUGUUACGACAACGAAGGUGUUUACGUCAAUACGUAUGGUCGUGUAUCCAAGACAAUGGUCUUGCAGUGGGGCGAAAUGCCAACUAGUGUGGCAUAUAUUGGUACUGGUCAAAUAAUGGGUUGGGGUAAUAAAGCUAUUGAAAUAAGAAGUGUCGAGACUGGUCAUCUUGACGGCGUAUUCAUGCACAAAAAAGCUCAACGGCUCAAGUUCCUUUGUGAACGUAAUGAUAAG